CCAGUUGUUUAUUUUACAAUGCCCAAUAAGGAACAAACAACCUACCGGAGCGUACUGCAAUUUCUAAAAAAUGAAAUUUCUCCGGGCUGGGCACCAGAAUAUAUCAUUUCUGAUUGGGAAACAGCAAUCAGAAAUGAAACCGAGGCUAUAUAUCCUGCUGCUGAUCCGAUUGGUUGUUUUUUUCAUUACACUCAAGCAAUUCAAAAUAAUUGGAAAAAACGGGGACUCGUGACAAUUUUAAAAAAUAAUUUAGAAGCGCAAAUUAUAAAAAAACAAAUCAUGGCACUUCCACUGGCUCCGGCAAAUGAGAUUGUGAUGUUAUUUAUAAAUAUUGUUAAUAAAAUAACACCUCAACUCGCUAUAACUUUGAACGAUUUUUUCGGGUACGUUUUUGAACAGUGGCUGGUAAAAAUUGGGCCCGAAAAAUUAUCAGUUCAUGGCAAGAGCAAUGUUAGAACUAACAAUCCAUCGGAAUCAAUUAACCGGGAUUUAAAUCGAGGAUUAAGUACGAUAAAGAAGCCAACAUCAAUGCAAUUUACAAGAUUACUUGUAUCAUCUGUGGUCAAAUCUCACCAUCAAAUUGUGAGCAUUCAGAAAAAUCAAAAAAUUAAAUUUGAUGGGAGAAAAAUUGGUGAUAAUGUUAUUGAUCGUGCCACGCCUAUUGCUGUACAGCUUAGUAAUUUGUGGAGCCGAUUAAAAGCCGAAAAAAUAACGGCUAGUACUUUUUUUAAAAUGACCUCGAUGCUAUUAAGUAGAGUGCAUUUUAACAAAAACAUAGUGAAGCUGAGUUUAAAUUCAAACAUAAGUUACAAGUGGCCUUCAGAGAAAAAAACGUUUUGGUUCUGGACGCACAUCAGCAGCAAAGUUCCAUACAAACAGAACUUGGAUGGUGUCCAAUGCUUCUCUGCUGAUGUCCUGAAAUAUCUAAUUCCAAUUGCGAGGCGAGAAAUGAAAAUUUUUAAUGCCAAGAUUGGAGGGAAUAUUUUAAUCGACUACCCACUUCAAGUAAAAAUAUCCUUCAAUAAAUAAUUAUAUAAAUCUUAAUUAUAUUAUUAUAAUUAUUAUAAAUCUAAUUUAUAUAAAACUUGAAUGCAAUAUUUUAAUAAAUAAUUAUCGAUGCAAGAUUUGAAUAAACUUUAUU